AUGGAACAGGGUCAAUUUGGAGGGCUGCGACCAAACGGUGGCGCAGACAACGAUGCGAACGAGCUCGGCCCGGGCGGAUCAGCCGGGUCGCACUACACUUUGCCUGGAAUAAUGCAGUAUUUGCAAUCGCAGUUCACACUGGUGGAGCGCAAUAGAAUGAUGAACGAUCUGGAGAAGUCGGCGUUGAAACUGCGGAUCGUGGAGCUUGAGAGCGAGCGCAACACGUUGCGACUGGAGAAUGACAAGCUCAAGGCCCGCGUUGAGGCUUUGGAGAGUUCUGGGCCGGGCUAUUCAAACGGAAAGGGGAAGUCUGUUGACGAGUCCGAGGUGGACCAAUUGCUAAGCAUAUCGAGUGUUGACGUGACCAAGCUGGUGAAGGCCAAGCAAUUUUUGAAAACGGCCACAAACGAGAUCCUGUAUCUUCUAAAGAGCCCCUCUGUUGAGUUGUCUGACAACUUGAACAUCACAAAGGACGGGUCGCACGAAUUGUACAUCCAUCCAGAGUCGCAUCUGGACACUCCGUCAGAGAAGGUUAGCUCACCGUCCAGCGCAGAUUAUCUGGACAUGGCCAUUUCGUUGCAGGCUAACCCUAAAAGCACGGAGAUCAACGAAAAGAAUCUUUUUGCAAGCACAUCUAAGCCGUCAGACACAGUAAUUGACAAGGAGCCUGUUUCCGUGGGAAUUUUGGUGGACGGAUUGUUCUUUGGCUACGUUCCGGACCACAAGGUGAUCAAAGUCUGGACCGAUCUGGACUCGUCGCCGCGUCUCAAGCAUACGGUACUUGUUGGUCCUACGAAGGUCAACGAGAUCGCGUACAGUUCGGGUGUGUUAACAGUGUUGGGAGAUAAACAGGUACUUGCAUACAAGCUCGACGGGCCGGAGAUCAGUCUGCCGUUGGCCACGUACGAAUGGGACGAUAAAGUCAAGAGUUUCGACUUUGUCGGCAACCGAUUGGCGGCGAUUUUCGACUCCAAAGUGGAGAUCCUCAAGCUGGACGUCCAGGACGAGUGUUUCGAGCUUGUUUCCAGCAUCGACCAUAAUCUGGAAGACAAGUUUCUCAAGGCCAAAUUCAUCAAUCUUGACGGCUACGAUUUGGCCAUUCUUUCCAGCAAAUCGCUCAUUUUGCGGAACACAAAGCAACAAUUAAGCAACAAGUUGACCAGUAUGAAGAUGCUCAACGUCGCCACCUUCGAGAGCGUCAUGAUGACCCAGGAGUAUGUGGUCUUGAAAGACAAAGCGUCGCUAUAUUCAAUCUGGUUCAAAGAUUUCGUUACAGAUCGACGAGAAUUCCCUGAGUUGAGCUCGCCAGACUCGCAGCUGGGGUGCUCGCUCGAUAAUCCAUCGCAGGUGUUCAUUCUCAGCAACGACAAAGGUGAAAAAAGAAUCUCUUAUUACCAAUGGUACCCUGAAAUUUUCCGAAUUGCGUCCAACUCUUGCGUGGUGGACAAAGACCUUGAGUGGAUCUGUUUGGGACAGUUAGGCGCCAAAAAGGGAGUGGUUGGUGUCUCUUCAGCUGGACUGACGGUUUUCAAUAAUUGA